AUGUCGCCGCGGGCCCGAGAGUUCAUCUCUGGCCCUAUCGAGUAUCGCAAAACACCAACCGCCGCAACAAUUAGUCUGCCGGCAAAGAAGAAGGACAAGGGGAAGGAGCGAGCUGAGCCCGAACCCGACAGCGAAGACGCGGUGACGCUCAAUCGUCGAGUCGCGGCGGCGGCUGACAACCUCUUCAACCUCACGACCGAGUUGCUCGCCGAGGCGGACAACGACGCUGACGACAAGGACAGCAACGCACAACUCGCUGCAGCGUCGGCGAUGUCUGCUGCGCGUAAGGAGGACAAACGGGACACUGAAGCUGCGGUCAACCAGCUCCUGCGCGUUCAGCCAUCUGCAGCGGAAGCGGAAUGGCCGUGCGAGCAGCUUGCUCACCCCGACCGCUCGAUCUCCGACAAGAUUCUCAACAACCGCGCCGCAAUGAACUACCUCCAGCACCUCUCAAGGCGCAACAAGCUUGGCCGCCAGGGUCGCAAGAUUGAAGGAGACAAAGGCUCCGCUCUCGGCAAGGCGUACGCGGUGGGCAUGCGCAGCGUGAGAAGGUCGACCUCGACCGCUCUCGGCCAUAGACUCGAAGAAUUUGAACAUCAGCUGCAGAAGCAGGCGCACAGGCAUACUAGGCUCGUGCAGGCUGUCGACCUCACUGCCAACUCAUUCUUUGAGUACGCCGCAUGGGACGCAUCGGAUGGCGGAACUUGCAACAGGCGUGGUGAGGCUGGGGAAAGAAGCUCCGAGCGUCCGCCGCACCCUUCAUUCACCACAGUGACCUGCCAAACCCUGCACCAAAUGCGACUGCCUCUCCCUCCACAUCUCCUACCUCAAACCAUUCAGGUUAAAGCUUGGCCCUGGACCUGGAGACCCAGUACCGUCGCUCGUGAUCUUGCAGGGGGAGGGAAGGUGCUUAACAAGCCAGCUAAGGCCGAGCCCAACUACAACUUCCUCAUCCCGCACAAGGAUCCGCGCCUCUGCGCACUUGGCGCGCUCGCAGCUUGGAUGUACUAUCUGCUCGAUUUUGUAAAAAAAAAAAUACAUGAGAAGCCGGAGCACACGGGGGGCGCUUGGUCUUGGGCGGACGACGCAUCAUGGCGGCAGGUGCGCCCAACGUCUGCUGACUGA